AUGCAGACGCUGCGGAUGCUGGAAGCGCGUCGGCGGGUCACCCGCGACCGCGUUCAGCGACCGAUCUACAUCAGGGAUCUCAUGAGGAUCCGCAGGAAGAUCUGGACCGCGAACAGUGCCCUGCAGCACUGCCUGCACGAGGCUGGCAAUCCCCGAGUACGAGCGCCUCGCCUAGCUCAGCCUGGCCCGAUCCACAAGCAGCUGGUGAACGCAGAGGGGGAGAUCGAGGACGACCCGCUGCGGAUCAAGGAGCUCCUGGGGCGCGAGCAUGGCAGCGCCUUCAGGGCUCCGUGCGACAUGAAGGCCAUGGAGGCACCUGGCGUGGGCGGGGUGGUCGCCGAGGUCUUGCAGGCCCUCGACUCUGGCUUCCUCGCCUCGCUCGCGGCCGCCUUCGAGAACCGCUUCUGCGGGGUGCCCGAGCAUGUCGGGGGCCAAGCCCGGUCGAAACACAUCGCCCAGCUCGCGAAGAAGAAGGGGGGCAAGCACGCGCUCAAGGGGUGCAGGCCGAUCGCGCUUCUGACUACCUUCGAGAAGCUCUACUCGGUUGGCCCGGUCAAGAAGUGCGCCAACACGUUGACCCCACGGAGCCCACAGUGCGCCGAUUGGAAGUUCCACCAAGCGAUGAACGUGAUCUUCAGCAUGCGCAUGCUGGCGGAGAAGGCCCGCGAGUGGAAGUAA